AUGGUGGAAGCAAAGCCUCCUCCUCCCGCCAUACUCGCCGCCGCCUCCGCCUCCCGGCUCGGAGCAGCCGCCACCGCCGCCGCCGCAGCGGCCCCGCGGAUCCUCUUCUCGUUCCCGGCGGCCGGCCCUCGGGUCACCUCCGAGUACGACAGCAACGGCUCCGUCUUCCUCCAAAAGGUCUUGUGCAAGCUCCUCGACGGCCUUGCCAAGGUCAAGCUCUCCUUCCGCAACGACCGGAAGGGCGAGGUCGCGGAGCCCCGGCUGGCCUUCGUCUCCAAGCACCUCUCCCUCCACUACGACGUGGAAAAAGCGAAAGAACCUGGAAUCGUGUUGAGCGUUGUUGAAGAAGAGCCAGACCUUCAAUGA